AUGGCCAAGCCCAAGCCCAAGGACUGGCCCGACUCCCUGCCCUACCUCGACCGCCCCCUUCACGACCGCGCCCUCCCCCCCGCGCAUCUGCAACGCCUGCGCACCAAGCCGCCGCCGUCGUCAUCGUCGUCGGUGCCGUCCAUCCCAGCCCCGGCCACCCCGUCGCCCUACCCCCACGUCCGCAUCCGGGCCAUCCGCGACGCCGCCCACCCGGCCCACGGCCAGCGCGGGCUGUUUGCCGCGCGCGCCCUGGCCCCGGGGAGCUUCAUCCUCGCCUACCUGGGCAGGGUGCACGCGGGGUCCGCGUCGUCCGCCGAGAGCGACUACGACCUCUGGCUGGACCGCGAGGCCGACGUGGCGGUGGACGCGGCGGCCGCGGGCAACGAGGGGCGCUUCGUCAACGACUACCGCGGCGUGGGGGCGCGGCCCAACGCCGUGUUUGGGACGGCGUGGUGCGAGCGCUGGCGGGAGCUGUGCGUCGGCGUGUGGGUGGCGGGCGGCAGGGACGGCAGGGGCGUCGGCAUCCGCAAGGGGGAAGAGAUUCUCGUGAGUUACGGCAAGGGCUUCUGGGGGGGGAGGCGGUGCGGCUCAGGGGGCGAGGGCGAGGACGAGGGCGAGGCCGGGGGGGGCGCUUCGGGACAAUAG